GGGGCUGCUGUACUGUCUGGCUGGGACGGAGGGCUUCCACGCUAAGCAGGAGACUAACCACAUUAAACCUAACACAGAGGCGUUUAUAUCUGUCCAGGAUUUGGAAAUUACCUGUUCUCGACACAACUAUCCAUCAAGCGGGAGCUCAGUGGACUUUAUUCUCUCGCUGGCUCGCUCGCAUACGCUUCAGUGAACCACUGCAGCAGCAACACACCAAGCACGCCGCCGCCGCCGCUGCUGUUGUUGUGAGAAGAAAACAAGCUCGGCGAGCAGUCCGCUAAGCUGUGUGAUCAUUGACAGAGUUCAGUACACACACGCUUCAAGUGAUAACUGGUGGGAGCUUUGUGCAGCGUACCUCCGAGCCUCGUCAAGAACCGAUUAGCUGGGGAUAUUUUCGUCACUGAAGCCGAGGUAUUACAUGAUAUAUAUUAUUUUUUAUCUGAGCCACUGUCAGGCACUUGACCAAUAGGAACAGUUUGCACAAUUUCCACCAGCUUGCUGCAGCCCCCUCCCAACCCAGACAGUCUUCUGCCCCAGCAUGAAUGAAGUCAGUGUUGUGAGAGAGGGAUGGCUCCACAAGAGAGGUGAAUACAUUAAAACAUGGCGGCCUCGUUACUUCAUCUUAAAGAGCGAUGGCUCCUUCAUCGGCUACAAAGAGAAGCCUGAGGUGUCCAGCGAUCACAGCCUCCCACCGCUCAACAACUUCUCUGUCGCAGAAUGCCAGCUGAUGAAGACAGAGCGCCCAAGGCCCAACACGUUUGUCAUUCGUUGCCUGCAAUGGACCUCAGUUAUCGAGCGCACCUUCCAUGUAGACAGCAACGAUGAGAGGGAGGAAUGGAUGCGAUCGAUCCAGGCAGUGGCAAAUAGCCUGAAGAGUCAGCAGCAGGAUGAGGAGCCCAUGGAGAUUAAAUUUGGCUCACCAAGUGACAGCAGUGGCACAGAGGAGAUGGAGAUUGCUGUGUCCAAAUCCCGCACAAAAGUGCAGACCAUGAGUGAUUUUGACUAUCUGAAGCUACUGGGAAAAGGGACAUUUGGUAAAGUGAUCCUGGUGAAGGAGAAGGCCACAGGGAUGUACUACGCCAUGAAAAUCCUCCGCAAAGAAGUCAUCAUUGCUAAAGAUGAGGUGGCACACACAGUUACAGAAAGCAGAGUUCUCCAAAAUACGCGGCAUCCCUUUCUAACGACACUAAAAUAUGCAUUUCAAACACAUGACCGGCUAUGCUUUGUGAUGGAGUAUGCAAAUGGAGGAGAGCUCUUCUUUCACUUAUCACGGGACAGAGUGUUCACAGAAGACAGAGCAAGAUUCUAUGGUGCAGAAAUAGUGUCGGCACUGGAGUACCUGCACUCACGCAAUGUAGUUUACAGGGAUUUAAAGCUGGAGAACCUCAUGUUAGACAAGGACGGCCACAUAAAGAUAACAGACUUUGGGCUGUGUAAAGAGGGGAUCACAGACGGUGCCACCAUGAAAACCUUCUGUGGAACCCCGGAGUACCUGGCGCCAGAGGUGCUAGAGGACAAUGACUAUGGGAGAGCGGUGGACUGGUGGGGACUGGGCGUGGUCAUGUAUGAGAUGAUGUGUGGUCGGUUGCCCUUCUACAACCAGGAUCACGAGCGUCUUUUUGAGCUUAUCCUCAUGGAGGAGAUCCGCUUCCCCAAGAAUCUGGCUCCUGAAGCCAAGGCCCUGCUGGCCGGCCUGCUCAAAAAGGAUCCCAAACAAAGACUUGGAGGCGGACCAGACGAUGCCAAAGAAGUGAUGAGCCACAAGUUCUUCACCUCCAUCAACUGGCAGGAUGUUCUUGAAAAAAAGCUUGUUCCACCCUUCAAGCCCCAGGUAACAUCAGAGACGGACACGCGCUACUUUGAUGACGAGUUCACAGCACAAACCAUAACAAUAACUCCCCCUGACAAGUAUGACAGUUUAGAUGCAGAGGAUUCAGAUCAACGCACGCACUUCCCUCAGUUCUCCUACUCUGCCAGCAUACGGGAAUGAUCACUCAGACUCUUGAAAAAAGCAGGCAGGCUAACACACGAUCACAAUCCCACAUACACACUUGCACUGCUGGGGAACGACACAAACAAAAACUGGCACAAGACACAUUUUCAUUCGGUCUUUAUCGCACGUACACACACACAGACACGCACACACACAUAUCCUGGCAAAUCAGACAAGACAGGGAUCAUCGAGUAUGAAAUGAACACACAGGCCGCGAAUGACUGACCUCAGCAGGUUUGUGUGGAUAGACUGGCAGCUUUGUCUCUGUGCGUCCUCUCAGGGUCGGCUCUAGGCUUCCCUGCAGGACCUCUGCUGCACUACACUGGGGUACCACAUCAAAGCCUUGACACUUUGAAAAACCAGGUUAUGCCAGCAAGUACCACCUCUUUACCAGCUGUACCCAUGCUACACACACACACAUACCAACCCAUGCAUAGACUGCAUAUAUAUACACAAACAUACUUGAUAGAAUUUUAAAAAAGCAUAAUCAGAAUUAGGAAAAUGGAAAAGAUUUGGGGGAAAAAAAGACAAAUUUUUAUUUCAUCGAUUGUUACGGUUUUAACUGUAAAGCCAUAUUUCUGCAUUUUUUGUGAUUUUUUUUUUAUUAUUAUUUUUAUUUUAACAAGUGCUCUUUCUGGAACUUGCUGUUACAAAUCAAGUGUGGGACUGUUCCUACAGUAGGGGGAAAUGGGGAAGAGGGGGAGGGGAAGGAGGGUUGCCAUUUCUGUGUUUGCACUGCACGUGUGUAGAAGUGAAUGGAUGAGUGGAUGCGUGAAUGCGUGCGCACAUGAGUGCAGGAGGAUGUAUGAACAACCAUUUUUAUUCUCAACCAUCCAUUUGUGUCUGUUUUCAUGCAUGUUUUUUUAAAACUGAACUAUUGCUGGAAUAUCAACAAGAGAGGACACUACACGACACACUCAAUGGCCUUUUUUUUUUUUUCUUUUUUUUUUUUAAAAGGGAACAAGCACGUAAUUUAUGAUUGCUGUGACUAGCUUGGCGCUAAGUUGACUCAGUCAGGAAUAGAAACUGGGAUCUCUUGCAUGGCUAACCUUUGCUUGAAAAGCUGCAUUAAUUCACUCAAAGUGAUGCAGCAGUCAGGCUUUUAGGGUUCUUGUGGCUGUAUCCAGACUGACUUACCGACCAUCUAGUUGCUGCUUGGAGGUGUAAGCGUUUUCAUUAAGGCCAGUUGCACUGUGUGAGUAAGAAUAGAGGGAAAGAGGAGUAUAGACUAGACGUUUGACCACAGUUGUUCCCCAACCUGUAUAGAGAGACCAAUGUAGAUGCACACAGCCAUUCGCUGUCCUCGAUCCAGUAAUUCUCACUCCCUAGCUGAAGAGUUAGGCACCAAUCUUUUGUCCAUUUUCUGUCUUUCAAUAUCAGUAUGUUUUAAAUAUAUUUUUCAAAUGUUCCCAUAUUUAAAGAAAUGAGAGUUCAAUCAUUGUUAAGUCUUUAUCAUGAGGCCAAAAACUGACUGACUUGGUGGACGUUUAACACUUCAAAUGAUUCCACAUUUGAUGUUUAGUACCUUUUGUUUGUGUUUUCUUUAAUGCUGUGUUGAGGCACUUAAAUCUGCAUAGUUGUAUGUCUGGAGCAACAGUCUGCAGGUUUACAGUCCAACGAAACGCUGCAUGAGCUGGUCGACCAAACUUCAACCUGCAGACAGGGAGAACUAAUCAAAUCAGCUGAUGCACUGUGAAGUUGAAAUGAAAAUUUGCAUACUUUGAGUCAUGACGGCACAUGAUAACACACACACACACACACACACACACACACACACACACACACACACGUGCUCAUACUGACACACGCAUUUUAUAUUCCAUACUGCUGGAAGAGAUGUUGGUUGCUCUUUGAGCUUCACUAAAGGAACAUCAAGUUCUUUUGUGUUUGUCAUUGUUUUGUUUUUGUUUGUUGAUUUUUCUCCUUUUAUUUGUCCAUCUAUUUCUCAAAUUUUGGAAGACACAUUGUCUUGUUUAAGUAUACAUUAUAUAAAAAUUAUAUAUUAAAAGUUUUUAAACUGCUUUCUUUUUGAUUACGUUCUUCAUUUCAAGGGGGUUUCCAUCAGAGGAAUGCUUAUUUAGAUGGUGACUGUCAGUAAUUUUAUUUCAAAAUGACCUCAUUUUUGGUUUGUAUUAUUACGUCCCCUAGGCUGAACUGAGUACAUUGUUCAUAAUUUGCAUAAUUGAGCAUAUAUAAGAAGUUUCAGUUUGAAUUUUCUUUUUGAAACUAGAGAGAAAUUUUAAAGUUGUACUUCUUAAAAAAAAUCUAUUUUCCAGACUAUGCUUGAACAAAGUAGAUAAGACCCAUCCUUUGAUUUAUACUGCAUAGUCAAGAAUAAUGAAAUUGGUAGUUCAAUACUUUUGUCUCCCAUUCUCAGCAGAACACUUAUCCUACAGUGAUGUUUGAAGGUUUUGCAAAAACCUCUAUCAGCAUUCUCUGGGAUGCCCCUCAUGUCACAUAUUAAUUUGUUUUUAUUAAGUUUGUGUGAGUGACAGCACGACAAGAGCGUGACAGUGAGAUGUGUUGAGUGAAAGUGGUGAUGAGGACACAGAAAAGCAGCAGGUGUUUUGACUCUCAUCGUCAGACAGCAGGUGGCCCCAGUUCCUGCAGAUGAAAAUGUGAUCAGAUGGCUUUGAUUUACAGUUCACAACUCCAGCACCUCUUCUCACUGGCUCAGGCUCAGCCAUCAUACUCUAGCCUAGUGUCCUGCUUUGGAAACAGCAGGAUCGGAUAUCAGAACCACUGCACUGAUGGACUCCACUGUGGAUUUGCCUUCAUUGCUAUCAUGGCCAUAAGGGGGUGCUGCUGAACUUUUUUAAUAUUGGUUGUGAAGCCAUACUCUGAACCUCGCUGCUGGCCACGCUUUAAGCAAUGCUUCACAGCUGAACAUGCAAGUUAAUACCCCUGACCUCUCCUGUAGGCAUACACAGGCACAACAAGUGCCUCCUCACUAUUGUGUAAAUACCAAAAAAAAAGCUUGAUGGUGAAUGCAGCAUUCGUAGAGGGGGAGGCCUGCAGCUUUGUAGUAUUUGAUUUGCAGCUUUACUAUGGUUACCUUGCUUCUCUGUGUAUUUGAAUGUGAUCAACAGUCACGAAUGUCACACCUGAUGCUGGUGUAACAAGUUUUCCUUUCUUUGCUUGUUGCUGUUAGUUGAGGCUCAGAGGGCAAUGAAAAAAAGCAAUCUUUAAGGGGAGGACAUUGUCCUGGUAGACAGUUUCAGCCCCCCUUUGCAAGACUUUACAAUGUAACGGGUGAUACCUGCUACAGUAUGGUAGCUUAUAACAUUUGCAACUAUAAUGUGCCAGUAAACAUUUUUACUGAA